ACCGAAGGGAGAUCAUAAAGUGGUCAACAUCUUUACUUAAGAUUUAUAUAUAAUGGCUCGCCUAGAAUUUCUUCUCUUAGCCGUCGUGGUGUGCGUUAACGCCAACCCACUAGUAAAAAGAGAUGCCAUGCCAUGUGGAUUCUCAUGUGCUCCAACAUCAUGUGCACCAGCUUGCCCAACAUACUGCUGCAUGCCACCCCCACCCCCACCMCCACCACCACAGAUGGUCAACCACGUGACCCACGUUCACCACCACACCAUCCACCACCAAGCUCCACAAGCCCCAGCCAUGCCUGCCGCACCUAUGCCUGCCCCACCUCCAGCAGUUGUUCAGAGUCAACAACACGUAUGGGAAUACGUUCCACCACCACCAUGUGCCCCACCAUGUGCCCCAAUGCCAGUCCCAAUGCCAAUGCCAAUGCCUGCACCAGCCCCAUGCGCACCAGCCUGUAUGGCCGCCCCAGCACCAGCAUGCCCUAUGGCAUGCGCACCAUCUUGCUGCAAGAAGCGAUCUGGUUAAAAAGUUUGAUUCGAACGUUUUUGAUGUGAACAGGAACUACGUGACAAGAUUUUUAUUGGCUUAAAAAUCUUACCACGCGCUGUAUAUUUCUUUUGCUAUAAGCAAAUUUAGAGACGCUUGGAGAAGCCAAAUGAUGUCUAGGUAGUAAAAGACUCAUUGUACACAUUGUACUUAACUGUCUUUAAAUAACGCUAUGGAUUCUGUUGCGUGACCACCAGUCAUAGUUUGAUAUUGUGACAACGUACAAUAUUGUAUGUAAAUGAACGUGUAAUAAAAGUAGUAUUAGAAUUA